AUGCCGUCUCGAGUGAGCACUCCCGACCCUGUUAAGCACAACCUCAAUGGCCAGGGUAUAAACAAUGGUCAUACCAAUGGCCACACGAAUGGACAAGCCAACCACAAUCAUGCUUCCGGUUCCGGGAUCGCUCAAAAGGAUUAUGAGUUCUUCACCAACGCAGCUCAUGAUUCAGGCAUUCUGAAUGGCCACGGUCAGUCCGCAGAGACAAACACUAAGAUCCAUAAGAGCAAAGGGGCGUGUGAUAAGGCAACUGGCGCAUAUCCUCGCAUCUCCCUCCCAGUCGAACUCAUCCGCCCCUCUUACGAUGUGGUGACUAUAGGCUCUGGAUAUGGUGGAGCCGUCGCCGCUAGCCGAAUGGCCCGUGGCGGGAAAAGUGUCUGCCUCCUUGAGCGCGGGAAGGAGAGGUGGCCGGGAGAGUUCCCCACUGAUGACAUUCCGGCCUUCAGAGAACUGCAUAUGACCAACGCUGCCACUGAUGGCAUAAGUGGCAGAUUGGCUCGAUUCGCUCGGCGCGAGGGAGGCGACCCGACAGGCCUCUAUCAUCUCAUCGUUGGGGAUGGCCAGAAUGCUUUUGUCGGCAAUGGCCUGGGCGGCACAAGCCUUCUAAACGCCAACGUAUUCUUGGAGGCGGAUCAUAAAGUCCUCGAUUUACCUAUAUGGCCUGAUAGCCUCAGAGGUCACGAGAAUUGGACGCGAUAUUACGAGCGCGCACGCUCAAUCCUCGAACCGAAGCCAUAUCCUGAGGAAUUCCCCAAGCUAGCCAAGCUAGAGACCCUUGAGAAGCAGGCUAAACUCGCGGGGAUGAGCGAGAGGUUCUACCGCGUCCCGCAGACGACACGCUUCGAGGACGGCGAGAACAGCACUGGCGUUUACAUGCGCGCGUCAACCCUCACUGGCCAAGACACGACGGGCCUCAACGACGGCAGCAAGUCGACGACAUUGGUCAACUACCUCAGCGAUGCAUGGAACUGGGGUGCUGAAAUGUUCUGCGAAUGUGAGGUUCGCUAUGUCACGAAGGCCCCCGACCGGCCGGGGUACAUGGUGCACUUUGCGUGGCAUGGCGGCAAGCGUGCCAAUUUUACGGACAUCUUCUAUGAGGACUUGAUGUGGGUUCACGCAAAGGAGCUUGUUUUCUUCGGUGCUGGUAGUAUUGGGACCACAGAGAUCCUGUUGAGAUCUAAAAACAUGGGUCUCGAUAUGAGCCCCAAUGUCGGUCAUGGUAUGAGUGGCAAUGGAGACAUCUUGGCCUUUGGGUACAAUACCAAUGAGUAUGUCAACUCAGUCGGACGCCCAGAUCCGCCCGCAGACCGUCCUGUUGGGCCCUGCAUUACCGGUGUUAUUGAUUGCCGCGAUCAAGACAACCCACUGGAUGGCUAUGUAAUCGAAGAGGGAGCAGUACCUGCGGCCUUAGCUCCUUUCUAUGAUUUUAUGCUGGCCAAUCUACCGGGCAGCGUCUUUCCGAGCCACUUGUCCAUCAAAGACAAGAUCAGUCACGUUGCCGCUGCUGCCAGCAGCAUAGUCUUAGGGCCAUACAACCGCAGGAGCAGCACCGAGAAGACACAAUGUUAUCUCAUUAUGUCCCACGACAGUAGCCAAGCAACCAUGGACUUGAAGAAUGACAGGCCUCUCCUCAACUUCUCCGGAGUCGGCAAGUCUCAAAGGGUAACGAAGCUAUCAAAAGAAUUACAGAAAAUCACCAACGAAAUUGGAGGUUCUUAUGUGGAUAGUCCGUUCUAUGCAGCUUUCGGGGAAAAGGAAAUCACUGUUCAUGCCAUUGGGGGUGCACGCAUCAGCAACGACGGCACGGGUGCCCACGGAGGCGUCAACGACAGAGGACAGCUCUUCAAGGGUCGAGGAACAGAGGUCCAUCAGGGCCUGGUGGUGUGUGAUGGCACCAUAGUGCCGGCCGCUCUCGGUGUUAACCCAUUCGCAACCAUCACCGCUCUAGCUGAGAGGUCAGUGGAGAUGGUUGCCCAUCAACACGGAAUAACUAUUAAUUUCGCGACAAAAAACGGUUCCCUGAAUCUCUUUGGCCAACCAGCGCAUGUCCCCAAGUCGCUCCGCGAUACCGACAGCACAAAGGACGUGAUGCGAGUGCGGAAGAUGAUCCAGAGCGCCAAAGAUGAUGGGACUGCUGGAAUCUCCUUUACUGAGAUGAUGGACGGCUGGAUUCACAUCGGAAAGAGUGCCAAAGACCUGAGCUUCGAACGCGCUACAUCCACGGCGAAGAGUCGGGGUGAAUAUGCUCGUUUCUUCCUCAGCGCACGAUCUUGGAACACCCACAACCUUGUUCAUGAUAAGGAGCACAUGGCAACGUUGACGGGCACCUUUACUUGCCCGAAGCUUGGUGGAACUUGUGUAGUUCAAGGCGGUAAAUUCCAGCUCUUCAAUGACGAUCCUCGAUCACCAGACACGUUGAAUCUCACAUAUAAUUUCCGCGUCGCAUGUCCUAAUGGAAGCAAGGUUCACUUCAACGGCUACAAGGUUGUCAACUCUGACGUGGUUCUCAACCCUGUCAACCUCUGGAAGGCCACCACCACGUUGUAUUGCACAAUUUGCGAGUUGAACGAGAGAGAUGAGCCUGACGAGAACAAGGUGCGCGGUAAGGGAAUGAUUCACAUUCGCCCGUCCGCAUUCCUCCAGGAGUGCACGACCAUGCAGGUCUCCGGCUCGACCUUAUACGCGCAGCUUGCCUCGACCGCCAACUUCUUGGGUUACUUCACCAUGAAAGCGGCCGGCGCCUUUCUAACCCCUUUUAUCCCCAUGCAAUGGCCUAGUGUUACUUUUAACAGCUACCAAAAUCUUACCCACUGGAAUGACGAAUAUACCGUGGUGGCCUCAGACGGUGUCAAGACAAAGAUGUACAUGUGGUCACCAACGGAUCUGGAAGGGAAACAAUGGGACGCAGCUUCUGCUCCAAUCAUCUUGUUUGCCCCUGGGGCCGCUGUCGACCAACAGAUAUUUGCCUUACCUACCAUCGAGGUAAACGCCGUGAAUUACUUCCGCAAGAAGGGUUAUCGAGUGUACUGCCAGGUCCAUCGCGUGGGCAAGACCGCCAUCGCUCAACAAGACUGGACUAGCUACGAUGCUCGUCGCGAUAUAAAAGCAGCACUGAAGUUGAUCCGUGAGGAGCAUAGCAUGGACAAUCAUGACAGCAGCUUCACUGACUCUCCACGCACUCUAUAUGUCGUGGCCCACUGCGCCGGGUCCCUCGCUCUGGCCUCCGGCCUCCUUGACGGCACCAUUCCGCGAGACUGGAUCAGCGGAGUGACUGCGUCGCAGGUCUUCAUGAAUCCGAUGUCUCCGAGGGUCAACUACGUCAAAUCCAAGUUGUCUAUUCCAUUGAAUCUGGUCUACCGUGCACUCCAAGGCAAGUGGUACGACUGCGCGAGUACACCUCAGGAUGGGUAUAUUCAGCAAGCAAUUAAUCAGGCUCUACGUUUCUACCCUGUUGGUAGCCGCGAUGAGAUUUGCAACUCGGUGGUCUGCCAUCGCAGCUCUUUAGUCUUUGGCCGGCUUUGGUCUCACCGCAACCUCAACGAAGCCACUCACUCCCAGCUCGAGAAUUUCGUCGGCGGCACAUCCAUGAAGAGCCUAUAUCACUUGAUGUACAUGGGUACUCACAACUUUGUGACUGACUCGCACGACGUCUCUCUCGUGACGCCCCAGAAUAUUGCGCGCCUCAAGGGCCUUCCCAUCUUCCUAUUCUCGGGGUCCGAGAAUGACGUCUACGCACCCGAGAACACCGACCUCUCCUUCACGACCCUCAGCGAGGCAAACGGUGGGCUAUGCUAUGAGAGGCAAGUAUUUGAGGGCCGGGGCCACCUGGACUCGUGGAUGAGCCCGACGGCACAUAAGGAUGUGUAUCCGCGUGUACUGAACCAUGUUGAGAAUGUGCGCAAGGGUAGAUAUGAGGACAUGCGAGCUGCUGUGGUGAGAUUGUCGAAUUUGAAAGCCAUAGGCAGCAACAAGACCUCAGCGCGCCAGCUUGUUGUCUUAACAUGCAUGCCCAAGACUGGCUGGAUCUCAGCUUCAUCACCGUGGAAGCUCAAGCCGCACCUUACCAACGACCGCCUUCAGCAACAAUGUGGUCUUGGGCUGCCGCAGCUGGAACGUUUGGAUAGGAACGGGAUCUCCAAGGUGGCCGACAUCGUGCCAUUUUACCAGAAGGAAGGCCUGGCUCAGUCCUUCUACGCACCGUCAGCACGCUUUACUGUCGAGGCAAUCUGGGUUGUAGACGCCACAGACUCGGACCAUGGAAAAGCUUCUAGUCAUGGGCUAUCAUCGCUUCUCACCACUGGGCCUCUAAGACCGAAAGAAAAGCUGCUGGUAGUGAUCAACAAGACAGAUCUGGUCGCUGUCCAUGUCCUAGGGGGGAUCGUGGACGCCUUUAGUUGUGUGGAUUUUGGAACGACGAAGGCCCACCUCAUCGCCAUUUCCGCCCUCGCAGGCGAUAAUAUACUUGAUCCGCCUGCCAAGCCAUCAUUGGUCGAUGGUCUCCACGGAGGAUCACUACUGGUCACGACGAAGACACUGAUGCAGGUUCUAUAA